GCUCGCCUGGGUCCCAAGCGAGGGUGGAGGCUCAGCUGCCCCUCCCCCUGGGCCCCUAUAUAAGGCCAGGGUGCCAGGCACCGGCUUUGGGUCAUUGUCGCCUUGGAGUGCAGACAGCCCCCUUCAACACAGCCCAGCCAGGCCUGCCAGCCGCCGCCAUGCCUUUCGGCAACACCCACAACAAAUUCAAGCUGAACUACAAGCCAGAGGAGGAGUACCCCGACCUGGCCAAGCACAACAACCACAUGGCCAAGGUCCUGACGCCCGACCUCUACAAGAAGCUGCGUGACAAGGAGACGCCCUCCGGCUUUACCCUGGAUGACAUCAUCCAGACCGGCGUCGACAAUCCCGGCCACCCCUUUAUCAUGACUGUGGGCUGUGUGGCCGGAGAUGAGGAAUCCUACGACGUGUUCAAGGACCUUUUCGACCCCAUCAUCCAGGACCGGCAUGGAGGCUAUAAGCCCACUGACAAGCACAAGACUGACCUCAACCAUGAGAACCUCAAGGGUGGAGACGACCUGGACCCCAACUACGUGUUCAGCAGCCGCGUCCGCACUGGCCGAAGCAUCAAGGGCUACACGCUGCCCCCUCACUGCUCCCGCGGGGAGCGCCGCGCUGUGGAGAAGCUCUCUGUGGAAGCCCUCAACAGCCUGACGGGAGAGUUCAAGGGGAAGUACUACCCUCUGAAGAGCAUGACGGAGCAGGAGCAGCAGCAGCUCAUCGAUGACCACUUCCUGUUCGACAAGCCUGUGUCCCCACUGCUGCUGGCCUCAGGCAUGGCCCGGGACUGGCCCGAUGCCCGCGGCAUCUGGCAUAACGACAACAAGACCUUCCUGGUGUGGGUGAACGAGGAGGAUCACCUCAGAGUCAUCUCCAUGCAGAAGGGGGGCAACAUGAAGGAGGUUUUCCGUCGCUUCUGCGUGGGGCUGCAGAAGAUUGAAGAGAUCUUCAAGAAGGCAGGGCACCCCUUCAUGUGGAACGAGCACCUGGGCUACGUGCUCACCUGCCCCUCCAACCUGGGCACGGGGCUACGCGGAGGCGUGCACGUGAAGCUGGAGCACCUAAGCAAGCAUCCCAAAUUCGAGGAGAUCCUCACCCGCCUGCGUCUGCAGAAGCGAGGCACAGGUGGCGUGGACACAGCUGCAGUGGGUUCAGUGUUUGACGUGUCCAAUGCCGACCGGCUGGGCUCGUCCGAGGUGGAACAGGUGCAGCUGGUGGUGGACGGUGUGAAGCUCAUGGUGGAGAUGGAAAAGAAGCUGGAGAAGGGCCAGUCCAUCGACGACAUGAUCCCUGCUCAGAAGUAGGCGUCCAGCCCGCCUGCCCGCCGCCAGACUGCCGGAAUCCCAGCCAAUAGGAGAACCCGGUGUGCUGGAGCCCCGGCCCUUCUCAGACCCCGUCUAUAGGUUCCGUCUGCGGGAGGCUCGAGAUUCAAUCAAUGGGCUCCAGCCUCAGGGUUCUUCUGGCCAAUGAAAACCCUCACUCACACCUUCCUCUCCUUUUAGGAGUUCCGGCUAACGGAGCUCGCAGCAUGCCUGGAGCUCCUGCUUUUUCUACACCCAAAACAAAUAAAAGCAAUGGUGGCCUUAA